AUGGACGGGCUCCAGGCGUAUGGGGCGGGGAAGGCCGGGGGUGCCUUCGACCCUCUGACCUUCUUCAGGCAGCCUCAGACCGUGCUGAGGAUCUUCUGCUGGCUCUUCUCCAUUGUGGUCCUGGGCUGUAUUGCCAAUGAAGGUUAUGUCAACCGGCCUGAGACGGUGGAGGAGUAUUGCAUCUUCAACCAAAACCAGAACGCCUGUAACUAUGCCGUUGCCGUGGGAAUGCUGUGUUUCCUCUGCAGUGCUGGUUUCCUGGCGUUGGAUGUUUAUUUUCCUCAGAUCAGCGGAGUGAAGGACAGGAAAAAGGCCGUCAUGGCCGACAUUGGGGUGUCAGCUCUCUGGUCUCUCGUCUGGUUUGUGGGGUUCUGUUUUCUGGCCAAUCAGUGGCAGGUCUCUAAACCUGAGGACAACCCUCUGAAUGAAGGCGCUGACGCUGCCAGAGCCACCAUCGUCUUCUGCUUCUUCUCUGUCUUCACCUGGGCGCUUCAGUGUCUGCUGGCUGUGCACAAGUUUAAACUGGGAGCUGACAUUGCCAUCUUCAACCAAGACUAUGUCGAUCCUGAACAACUGGAACCUACAGAGGCUCCGCCCACAUACUAGUAAAGCCCCGCCCAUAGUAAAAAUUUAAACAGGUGGGGUCUAAACUCUGCAGGGAAGUUUUCAAAUAUCUCGUUCGUUUCAUUCAUUAGCAUGGCAUGAACUAAAUUAGAAAGUCAGAUCAGUAGUUUUAUAUUUUUAAGGAUUUGAUUUUAUAUAAAAUGUAA